GGGCACUCUUCUGCCCGCUCUUGGCUAGGCCUCGCUGCUCCAGUGCGGCCUUCAGGUCGGUCACCCGCAGCGCCUGAAGAGGCUUCCCGUCCAGAGUCACCUCCUCCAGCUCCGCCAUCUUGCGUGAGGUACUCGGGUCCCGUCCCGGCGGCUUCGGGCAUCCUCGGUAAUUUCCGCCAACGCCCUUCGACCAUACCGAGCUGACUCCGCCCACUGCCGUGGUCAACCCCUCGAUUACCACUCAGAACUCCCCGAGUUCCUCCGGAACUGCUCGGGUAUUUCCGUUUCCACAUCGACACCAAUCGGUUCUUUCCAUCCUCCCAGCCUCUCCCCCUCCCUCACACUGCUUUCUGAGCUCGGUUAUCUUCGUUUGACCGAGACUUUGAAUCGAAUCUAUUCGGCAGCCCUCGACUCUGCAUAACCAAAAUCGGAGAUAUUCGGCUAUCUCCGGCACUGGAGCGGAGACUCUGAAGCCCUUGGGUGUUUGGGGCUGGUUUGGGACCGGAAGUGCGUGGGCUGCUCGGCUGGCCCUACUUAGGGUUUUCAGGAAACAUGGACGCGGCGGUGGUAGUUGGAGUCUAAGGACUCUUGCGACGGUCUCCGGGUGUCCUCUGAGAGGAGAAAGGAGGAUGUCACUGGAGUCAUCGUCUUCCUCUUUGCUGCUACUCUCCAUCCCUUCUCCCUUACCCUCAGUACCAGACAGAAUUACUAACACUUCCCCUCCCCCAAUGUCUUACAUCACUUCCCAGGAGAUGAAGUGUAUUCUGCACUGGUUUGCUAGUUGGUCAGGUCCCCAGCGUGAACGUUUCCUACAGGACCUGGUAGCUAAGGCAGUGCCAGGAAAAUUACAGCCACUGCUGGAUGGUCUGGAGCAACUUAGUGUGUCUGGGGCAAACCGACCGCCUUGUAUCUUUGAGUGCCAGCUGCGUCUUUGGGAUCAGUGGUUUCGAGGUUGGGCUGAGCAGGAGCGCAACGAAUUUGUCAAGCAGCUGGAGGUCAGUGAACCAGAAUUUGUGGCAAAGUUUUACCAAGCAGUGGCUGCUACAGCUGGGAAGGACUGAUAGGCAUUAAAAUCAAAGAGAAGAAUAACCACAGCUGAUGGAGUUGAGGCCAUGACCUUACAAUGAGAACUCAAUUCAGAUGUGCCACUUGAAGAUCUGGACAUGGUAACCUGAUCAUCUGACUGAACUCACCGACUAGCACAAGCAAGAUUAUUUUAAAGUUAAUAGCAUAUCAGCUGAACUCCUAUUGUACAUGUUUUCCACCUAAGAAAAUCGAGAUCAUCAGUGUGCCUCUUAGCUUGCUGCUUUCCAAGAGAUGUCAAACACUCAAGAAUCUGAUGGCUUCUUUUGCAGCGCUAGCCAAAAGGAACCAAAGCAUUGUGCAAGUUUUGCCCUGCUGCUGGCCUAUGAGGGAUAUAAAGUAGAACCCUCCUAUCCCAGAAACAAGAAAGAAUAAGGAUAAUAGAAUGUCAUGUUUGUAUAGUUUAGCUUGAUUCAGAUGGCUGGUUUCACCACCCUUACCAGAUUCUGGCAUAACUGUGAUAUUUCAAUGACUAGCUUUCCCAGUGAUGAUUUAAUAAAAUUAUGGAAAGUCAGGAGAGAGAUAAUUAGUUACUCCCUCCUCCACUGAUGUUUGUUUGAAUCCAAAGAGCAGUGACAUUUUUUCUAAAGCAUAUGUGAUAUCCUUACUGUUCCUAUACUCUUAACUUUGCUCUACAGUAAUAUGAAAACACUCUUUUAUGGAUUGGGGGUUUAUUUUAUUUUUAUUUUAUUUUUUUGUAUCAAAAUAAAUGGAUUUUCAGAA